UCCCGCCUCCACACAAGCAAACCAAUCAUCACCUCUUCUUCUUGGGGUGUUCUUGACUGGAAGGUUUCUUUGGUGAUGGCGAAGGCGAGCGUGGUGGUGCCUGAGCAGGUGGGCGCGGCGGCGGCGGCGCAGGUGGGGUGCCCCUGUCCGGGCACGACGCUGUUCCCGUACCCGCCGCCGCGCGCCGGGAUCGCCGUGCGGCGCAAGUGCCUGCAGGCGGCGCAGCAGCUGGAGCUCGGCGCCGGGCUGCGCGGCGGCUGGGUGGAGUCCAUGCGGGCGUCGUCGCCCACCCACGCCAAGGCCGCCGCCGCCCUCGCCGCCGGCGUCGACGAGGAGCACGCCGCCUGGAUGGCGAGGCACCCGUCGGCGCUGGGCGAGUUCGAGAAGGUGGUGGCGGCGUCGAAGGGGAAGCAGAUCGUCAUGUUCCUCGACUACGACGGCACCCUCUCCCCCAUCGUCGACGACCCCGACGCCGCCUUCAUGAGCGAGACGAUGCGGAUGGCCGUGCGCAGCGUGGCGAAGCACUUCCCGACGGCGAUCGUGAGCGGGCGGUGCCGCGACAAGGUGUUCGAGUUCGUGAAGCUCGCCGAGCUGUACUACGCGGGGAGCCACGGCAUGGACAUCAAGGGCCCCGCCUCCCGCCACGCCGCCGCCAAGUCUCCUCCCCACAACAAGGGAGUCCUCUUCCAGCCGGCCAGCGAGUUCCUCCCCAUGAUCGAGCAGGUGCACCAGCGACUCGAGCAGGCCACCAGCUCCAUCCCGGGCGCCAAGGUCGAGAACAACAAGUUCUGCGUCUCCGUCCACUUCCGGUGCGUCGACGAGAAGAGUUGGGGGGCGUUGGCGGAGACGGUGAGGAGGGUGGUGAGGGAGUUCCCGCGGCUGCGGCUGAGCCAGGGGAGGAUGGUGUUCGAGGUGCGGCCGACCAUCAAGUGGGACAAGGGCAAGGCCCUCGAGUUCCUCCUCGACUCGCUCGGUUUCGCCGACUGCAGCGACGUGCUGCCGGUCUACAUCGGCGACGACCGCACGGACGAGGACGCGUUCAAGGUUUUGCGGCGGCGUGGGCAGGGCGUGGGGAUCCUGGUGUCCAAGCACCCCAAGGAGACGAGCGCCUCCUUCUCCCUCCAGGAGCCCGCCGAGGUGAUGGAGUUCUUGCUGCGGCUCGUGGAGUGGAAUCGCCUGUCCAGGACACGGUUGAGGCUGUAACAAUUGAAUUUAACCGGCGAGGCUAGCUAGAGAGAAGCGCGUGAUCUGGGCCGUCCAAGCGAUUACAUCGGCAGGGUAACCCGUGACGCUGAUCGAUCGUGGAUUCUACACCAACACAGGUGCUCGAAAAUGGUGUCCACAUUGCAGAAGCGCAGAGAGCUAAUUAAUCAACGACGGACGAGAGAAACUGAUGGCUGUCUGGCCAUUGUUGUGCCAUAAUCCUGUUUAGUUCUUCACCUUUCUCCCUUCUUCUUUUUUCCCAUUUGGGGCCCCCCUUUUGGUACCAACCAUGUAAAUUCCGUACUACUAGUACCUUGUCAUGCACAAGAGGAAGAUCAAUGCAAAUAAUGAAGAGCAACUAAUGCAAGUAUAUACUCAUCAGCA